CGCCGCAAAACCCCUUCACCAGCACCAACUUUACAAAAGAGCGCCCACCUCACCAUUGACCUGACCCUUCACUGACCGCACCAUCCAACCACAAAGCCAACCCUCCCGUUUUACAACCCGACUGCGCAACAGACACCCACCUCACGGCACGGCUUGCCAAGCCGCCAUCAACGCAACCCAAAAUGAUCGAAGACGACUUCUACCGCACCUCCUCGCAAUACCGCCUCUGGUCCUUCACCGCGGCCUCCCUCCAAGCCCAACGGGCGACCACCAACGCCGUGGCCAGCGACCGGGUGCGCGCCGCCAUCCGCCGCGCGCAGGAGGCGCGCCGCUCCGCCACCUCGUCCGCGACGGGCACCCCGGUCCCCGAAGUUGAGGGCAGCACCAGCACCAGCACCAGCACCAACCACCCCGCGAAAGCCGAAGAGAAACCCAUCGAAUGCCUGACGCCCGAGGAAGAGCAGCAGACCGUGAGCUACUACUGCGAGCAGAUCAUCCAGCUAGGAGAAGCGUACAAACCGCCAUUACCGACGAUAGUCCGAGCAACAGCAAUCCAAUACCUCCGGCGCUUCUACCUGACGAACAGCCCGAUGACCUACCACCCGAAACAAAUCAUGCCGUGCGCGCUCUUCCUCGCCACCAAGACAGACAACUACUACAUGUCGCUGCGCCAGUUCGCGGACGGGGUGCCCGGCGACACGACGGCGGAGGACAUCAUCGCGCCGGAGUUCGUGGUGAUGCAGAGCCUGCGCUUCACGUUCGACGUGCGGCACCCGUUCCGGGGGCUGGAGGGGGGGAUCAUGGAGCUCCAGGCCCUGGCCGCGGGGCAGGGCCAGCCCGCACCGCACCUCGCCGCCACCACGCAGACGCAAACCCCGGAAUCCCUGCAAAGGGGCCUCCUCGCCCUCCCCCUUUCGUCUUCCUCAAAAAACAUCACCGACCGAAUCGCCCGCGCCCACCACACCACCCGCGAGAUCCUCAAAUCCGCCGCCCAGAUCACCGACGUGUAUUUCCUCUUCACGCCGGCGCAGAUCUGGCUCGCCGCGCUGAUGCUGGCCGACCGCGCCUUGGCCGAGUACUACCUCGACACGAAACUCGGCACCCCAGCCCCAUCAUCAUCCGUCCAAGAAGCGGAGGCGGCGGAUGGGCUGGCGGCCCUCCGACCGAAACUUCUCCGCACGCUCAACGACUGCGCCGUCAUGCUGCAGGCCUACAAGCCCCUCGCCUCGGAUCCGGAUCAGAUGAAGACCCUCCGUCGGAUCAUCGGGAAGAAGCUGUAUCACUGCCAGAAUCCCGAGAAGGUGAAUUUAGGUGGCGCUGGGCAGAAGAGGAUCCCUGCGGCGGCGCUCGCUUCUUCGGCUGCGGCUGCGGCUGCGGCGGCAACUCCAACAGGGGGGGUCGAUUCUGGAGCGUCGGAAAGUGAGAUGGAGAGGUUGGCGAAGAAGCGGAAGUUGGAGACCGCCGCGGAAUCUUCCAGCGGUAGUAAGGAUAUUUUCGGGGGGGAGUUGGUUAUGCAGAGGACGAAGGAGCGGUAAACUUAGGGUUAGUUGUAUAGGAUUAGGAGGUGGCGGGGAGCGGAUUAUAGAAUUGACGGUGGAUGGAACCAAUACAAUAAUG